AUGCCAGAAAGAACUGAGCAACUGAAUAUUAAUUCCAUUGCCAAAGUUGAACCCACCACAUCGAAUAAGAUUCAAGACAAACCGUCGUCCUCGCUUCCGGUUGAAGUUGCUCCUGCUACUACUACUACUACUACUAUUGCUUCAAAGGCUCGAGAAGACAUUGAUUGUCUUAUGCCAGAAAGAACUGAGCAACUGAAUAUUGAUUCCACUGCCAAAGUUGAACCCACCACAUCGAAUAAGAUUCAAGGAAAAUCAUCGACGUUUUCUUCGAGCCAACUUGGUGGACCACAACUAGCAGCUGAAGAAACAACGGGUGCACCUGUGGUGACCGAGGAGCGCGCUGAAAACGCUUCUGAACAGUGUAUUGCCACAGGCACGUCUUCCAUCGAUUCAUUAUCAGCGUCACGAGAAACGCGCCCUACUACAAUCGAUACCUCGGGAAAUCAACCAAGUAUGCGAGGAACGCUAAACGAACAAGCAUUAGCAUCAGCAUCUCUGCCACUAGUCAGAAAGCGUCCUCGCGAGAAUGACAGUGGCGAAACUGAACAAUUAAACACAGAUGCAUGCGUACUAACAACAGCUUUCCCUUUGCGGCCAUUACUAGGGUCGAUGCCGCAGCAGUCAUUGCCAAAGCGUACGAAAACAAAUGAAGUUGCAGCGUCAUCUUCUAUGCACCAAGAACAACAGCAACCACCUGCUGCCGCUUUCUCAUCCGCUCCGUCGCCACCUCUUCCCCCGCCCCCACAGCCGUACUGUCGCAGACGUGUCCAUGCGGCUACUGAGGCAAAGCUAGAAUCAUAUACUGACGAGCACAAAGAGGCGCCCCUCCUCCAAAUAGCUCAUACCUCGAACAUGUUCCGGGAAUUCUUUGAGGAAAAAGGAAGUGUAUUCAGUUAA